AUGUGCAACUACCUAAGUGUCUAUUUCUUGCUGACUACCAGAUAUGGUUGGAGAGAAUGGGAAAUUAGCCAGAAACUGGAAAAGCCAGCAUAUGCUCUGGCCUUUGUCAUUGUGGCAACCUAUGUAUCUUGUGCUGCAGGACUAGGGGCUAUUCAGCCAACUCAAAAUACAGGUCUCUGUUCAGCAUUUGGGCAUGCAUUUAUCUGGAUAUACGAUGCCAUUUUGACAAUCUUUGCUGGAGGGGGCUGUGUGGCAACUUACAUGGUCUAUCGCCACGUGUAUGUUGUCACUCAAGCCAGUCGAACCCAUGAUGCAUCCUUUGCCAUUCCGCCCCCCUCAUCCAGCCAACAACGACAAGAAGAUCAGCGACAAGCCCGCGUGCGCAGAGUAGCACGGCAAGCUAUUGCCUACUAUAUUGCCUUACUUAACACACUCUUGUGGCCAGCAAUCUACAAUGUACUGGUUCAAUAUACAGAUAUUGAAGAAAGAGCUCACAAGCCAGCCAUCUUUCUGUUUGGAUUUGUAGGUUUUUUUUUGUAUCCACUCCAAGGAGCAUGCAACUUUGUCAUCUACAUUCAAUAUCGAGUCAAGAGCUGGAAAAGAAGUUAUCCACAAGUGUCCUGGAUAACUGCAACCUGGUGGGCUGUGGUCAAGCCAAUGGAUCCACCCAACAACAUCAACAGCAAUCUACAAACAUCCACACACACGGCAUCCUCAAUGUUGAACUCAGCAUCGGCAGCCAUGUGGUCCAUCCCUGGAGCUAGACGUGUGAGCCAGCUACUGUCACUGCCAUUCUCAUCCCAUUUUCGUAGUGACAGAAACCACAAUUUGGACGAAAUCAGUUCGUCAUCGGAUGAGGAAGAGUUCGCUGAGGAUGAUGACAGUGCCAAUUUACCCUGGUGGCAAAGAAAUAUUCCUGCGCCAACUCAACAGGAAGAAACUCUGUCCAGUGUUGGUGGGAAUGAGAGCAAUCCAACCCAAUCAACAGCACUUGAAGCGGAAGAGAAGCCUCAACAAGUGACACCACAUGAACAGGUUGUUGAAACUCCUCAAGAAACCAUACUAGUAACAGAAAUCAAUCUAACUCUGGAGGAAGCAGACUUGGCCGCGCCAAAGGAAUACAAGUCUCAAGUCUCACAGCCAGAACAGGAUAUUGAAACUCCUCAAGAAACUAUAACAGAAAACAAUCCAACUCCAGAGGAAGCAGAAGUGUACAUACCAAGGGAAUACAAUUUGCAAGUAUGGCAGCCCGAACAAGAUAAUGAUGCUCCAGAAGCAACCAUAUCAGAUAACCAUUACAUUUAUCAUGCACAAACCAGAACCAGUGCAACAAACAGGAGUCCAGCACUGUGA